CAAUUUUGAGCUGCAUAAAGAGGGCAACACCCUGCAAGCAGCCUGCAGAGCACAUGCGAGCUAGCCAGCUAGCGAUCACAGAUUUUUCCUCCAUCGACCUCCAAUUCACUUGGACAGCAUGAGCCGAGGGAUGCGCCCCCCAGACCCCAUCAGGCGGACAUCUAAUUGGAGUUGUGGUGAGGUGCUGGACCUCAUUGCGAUAUGGGGAGAGGAGAUGAGGACUGUUGCAAUUACAGCAAAGGGAACUAAAAGAAACCGGCAGAAUCAGGCUGUUUGUGAGAGGAUUGCGGUACAGAUGGUGGCAUGGGGACAUCAGCGGGACUGGCUUCAGGUCAGGACCAAGUUAAAGUCCCUGAAAUCCCUCUAUGUGAGGAGCAGGAACACCAAUAGGGUGCCCAGGGCAGCCAGGUCCCCAAUUCCCUUCCACAAAGAGCUUGCAGACAUCCUUGAGUGGGAUCGUGCUGUGGCUCCUCACCGCACGGCCGCGGGGCUGGUCUGCUGUGACAAGCAAGAGGAGGAAAGCUGUGAAGCUGCCUCCUCCCAGCAGCCGCCUGCUGCUCCCCAAGAAAGUUCUGAGGACCCGGUGUCCCCUGGGACCAUCUUCCUGAGCCCCAUCACUGAACCGGGAACUCAGAAGACCCGGAAGGUGGACCCAGGACAGGAUGGCGGCAGCUCAAAUGACACAGAUAUUGAACACCCUGCAGAAAACCUCUCCAGAAAUCCCACGCUGAGAAGAGCAGCCUCUGCAUCUAGCAGCACAGAUGGUGCUGCCUGGCCUCAAGUAGACACUCCAAGUCUGAGGAUGUCCCAUAGUUGAAGGUGAAGAAGGGAGCACUGCGACCCACUCCUUGAUAACAUUGCAGACUUGUCUGUGCACCAAGCAGACCCUGGUGUAGAUACGUGGAAGUCCUUUCUGGCGGAUGCGGCCACUGCCACAAACAGGUCAACCACAGCUGUAGAGAAGGCGGCUAAUGCUGUGGCCAUGGCAGCCAUGGCUAUAGAGAGGGCAGCUUCUGCCAUGGAGGAGCACUAUGGCACCCAGGCAGUGAGGCUGACCCAUCACCCUCCCUCUGACAACAGGCAUUGGCCCCAGUCUCUAGCUGACCUGAGCUACCCACGUGCCCGCCAUUUCCCCACUUCCAUCCCUGGCCAGCAAUUGCCACCAGGUUGUUCCUGGGACUAUAGAGAGACUCCAUGGGCAUGCUGUGUGCACCCUGCCCCACACUGCAGCCACCAUGACUCCUGCAAUGCUUCCACCCCCCAGGGUACCACACAGCAAGCAGGGAGCGUGGCUCUGAGUGGCACGUCCAAAAGGGGCAGCUUUCCCUUCCCAGGGGGGCAGGGAACACCGCUGACAUCCCAUAUGCCUGCACCCUGGCAGGGAGGGAGUGCCAUCAAAAGAUGGCUGCUAAGUGUUGAGGAUGACCUGACUCAGGUCCCCAGCAGUGCAGGGUCUGAACACUCCUCCAUGCAAAUGCAUCUCUCAAGCUCCGUGUCAGGCUGGGGUGAGGUGCAGCCAGUGGGCCACAGGACUCCUAGGCAUCAGGGGGAAUGGUAGUCAGCCCCUUGUCUAUGCCAUGGAUUUGUUUGCAGUUUGCACCAUGUUUUGCUAGGUAGGGUUGGGGAGGAAGGGGACUUGAGCUGACAAUUGUGUGCCUCAGUUUCUCUUCCAGCUUCAGGCCCCAAAUGUACCUCACAGGUCCCCACACGCUCCCCUCCAGCCAGCAUGUGUAGCUAGGUAGGGUCGGGGAGAAGGGAGAGGACAUGAGCUGACAACUGUGUGCCUGAUUUGUUUUUCAGGGAGAUCAGAUCAGAACAGACCCGUGCCUGGCAAGGAGAUUUGACUUUCCAGCCCUUAGCAGUUGAUCAAUCAUUGCAUUUUGGCUCUCCCCUCAAGUCCCCACACCCCCAGCCAUCCCAGCCAUGAAGAUCCAGGUGUCUGUUUCCCUCAGGGCUUGGCAGGGGAGACACAGCAGAGCAAACAAGCCUUUGAAGGUAUCUUUUGAUCUUUAUCCCAGAGGACUGCAUCACACUGUCCUGUAUAUUAAACUCCAGGAAAAGCCACAGCAACACUUUCUAAUUGUGUUAGUUUCCCCAUAGUAAAGACCACAAGUAGCAUUGGCAUUGGCAUUUCCACCCCCUGGGCUACCCCAGCGAGCAAUCAGUGCUUUCUCCCCAGCCUCUGGGAGCAGGGAAGAGCCACAGCAGCUAGGCAGCCUUGGAGGUGCUGGGGGGCAGGGGGCUGGAUCAGGCUUUCCCUUCCUGUGCAGGUCAGUGGAACAGCUGGGACUCCAGCCUCUGCUUUCCUGCCCCCGUCCUG